UCUCUGAAAUACUUUCAAACGUAAACAUUUGGAAGUCGCGGAAAUAUGUUAUUAAAUGUAAACGUAAUAAUUCUUAGUGUUUAAGCUCUGGCUUUCCGGUCCGCUUCUUGACGAGUAGCGGUUGCUAUGAAAAGCUAGAAAGAUGUAUAUAAACUGGCACCAGAGCCAUGGUGUCGAAGAAGAAGACAGUUAAAUUGGAGGCUGUGGUGUUGGACGAGGAGAAACUCCAGAAGCUUUUAGCAUCCUUAUCUGUGGAUGGAGAAGAAGAUGAAGUCAAAAAGAUCGCUCGAACGCUGCAGACAUGUUUGGAGCUGGAUGAGCCAGUGAAGCUGGUAAAGCUGGUGAAAAAGGCUGGUGACCAGUUAAAGGCACUGACUGAGCAGCAGUGUCAUGGAGCUCUUCUGCAAGACUGUCUGAAUAUGCUGGCUCUUGUGUUUACCUCAGUACAGGCUAAGAAUCCGCUGAGGAGGGCCAUCACCAGUGCUCUGAGCUCAGUACCACCUUGGCUUCAUGAUCAGACUGUAUCACAUUUGUCCGCCUGCCUGUCCGAUUGUUUGACCGACCCCACAGUGAACACAUACUCAAACACUUUGGAGACAAUUGCUGCCUGUCUUGAUGGGUUCCCACUUGGUGAGAGAUGCAUUCACAAACUACUGCCUGAAGUUUUGGAGUUUCUUUGCAAAGGACUGAGUGAAGUCCCUCAACAGAACAGGGUCCUGUUAGGACGUCACAUUGCUCAAGCGCAGCUCAUGCAGUCAUGUUUGGCUGUGGUGAAGACGUCAAUGUUGGUCAUUCAGAGAUCUCAAGAAACUAUCAAUGCUGCCCUACAUGAUGCUGAGGGUCAGAGCAAGGUGGAGGAAACUCUGAGCACCCUUCUGGGCAGCUAUGUCCACAUCGUCACUGACGAGGAGUUUAUCCAGGCAGUCCAGAGUACAGCAGGGAUGGCUGUGGUUCUAUUGAUCCGCACCGUCAUUGGCUCAGGAGAUGACGUUGCCUCCGUGGUGUCCAGUCUGCUACUCGGCUCAUCAGAUGGUCUGGACUCCGCCCCUCGGUGGCUGAAGCUGAAGUGUGAGCCUCUGUGCUCCAGCACUCGCCCUCUGGGUGUUUCCUUAUACCUGUGUCAUGGAGCACUGGCCAUGCUCAGCUGGAAGAGUGCAAUACCUGGUCCCCAGUGGGAGAAGCUGCUUCUGCUCGUCCCUCAUACACUUCUGGGGCUUGACGUGAGCAUUAAGGAGUCCAGCACAGCGAUGGUUGUGGCUCGCACGCUGACACUCUGGAGUGGUGCUGCUCUUGAUUGCCUACAGGGGGAGACACAGCUCUGUCCUCUCAGCCUCCAGCAGUCGCUCAGUGGCGGCUCGGAUCUUCAGAAACAUCUUCUCGAGCACAUCUACUCUCACUGGGAGCACCCUUUAGAUGGAGUCCGCCACCAAAUCUGCUCCCUGUUCCGGAACCUUCUGCUCAUCCACCAGCACAUCCACUCCUCCAACAGUGACCCGAUCAAAGAUGGCUACAUCAGAGAGCUCACCCAGAGUCUGCUGAAGCUGGAGUGGCACAUGCGGGGGAAGUAUGGUUCUUUGGGUUGCUUGGUGGACCUCUACGGAGCGAGCUACCUGCUGGAAAUCCAGCCUGAGCUUCCUUCUCGUCUCCUGGAGCUGAUGUGUGACCAGACCGUCGCUCCGUACGCCAGUGACCUGCAGGAGAGACUCUUCAUCAGCCACAAGGCGCAGCUAACUGCUGAUACUGGUACCGCAGAAGACGGGAUGGAACAGUGGCACCGAAUGUGGGUCACCCCUCUGCUGCAGGUGUUGUGCUGUUCUAGACUGGACCAGCAUACCUACAUUCUGGACCACUUCCUUCCGAAAUUGCUGCGGUGCAGCCCGUCCAGUCUGACACACAUGGUGCGCGCCCUGCAAGACACAGAGACCUGUGGAACAGGACCUCCAGGAUCCAGAGGUGCCUUGGGAGCUUUGAUGACCUGCUUACGGGCCGCUCGCGCUCAGGGAGUGGUGUCGUCAUCAGAAGAUGGUCUGUGGGGCGGCCUGGUUCCCAUUUCUCUGCUCAAGAAAGCUCUAACGCACAAACACGACCAGGUGCGGAUGGAUGCUUUGGGUUUGGUGUGCGAGAGCCACCGAAGCACAGAAGUCCUGACCUCUCAGGAGAUGGGACUCAUCCGCCACUUUCUGCUGCCGAAUCUCAACAGCCAGUCGCCCGCGGUCCGACAGCAGGCAGUCAGCCUUAUGAAGAAGUUGCUGAACAGAGUGAAGGACAGUGCUCAGAUGCUGCAGAAGAAGCAGACCCAGGAGAGAGACCCAGAACUGAGCGAACAAGCCCAACAUUCACUUCUUCUUUACAAGGAGUUUCUGCAUUGGCUCUGCGAGCGCUUGUUUGAUGCUCUCGCUCCUGGAGCUCCGUUCUCUAAAUGCUUCAUGUCUCUGCACCUGCUGGAUCUGCUGGGACAGAUCUUCACCUUCAGCACUGGGUCUCAAGGGUUUGCUUUGGGUGAGGUGGUGACCCCUGAUCACGCCCAGAGUGUCCUUUACUGUGUUGCCAACAAUUUCCUGGAAGUGAAAGAGCUGGCCUCAGGAUUGCUAUGGAAACUCCCACCAACAGCUGUGGGCCUUCAGGAUCCACAUCAGAUGCAGGCCAUGGUUCAGGCCGCGCUGGACCUCAGCAGCAGCACCAGACCGUUUGACAGCGUCACAGCGGCCCACUUACUCAACCUGCUGCUCCGUCAGCGGCACCUGAACCAGGCUCUGCUGCUUUGUGCUCAGGAGCAAAGCGUAGAAUACCAACCUCCCACUAUUCUGCCGCAGGCCUCAGAAGCGCUCGUCUUGGAACUGAACGCCAUGGCGGUGAUUCAGUUCCUGCUACUUUGUCUGGAGUCUGAGGUGUCCAGGGCUGAGUCGGACCUCCUGCAGGCUGCAGCGUCCUGUCCUCUGUACGGCCGGGCUCACUGCAUCACUGCAGUUCUGCAGCAGCUCAACACAAAGAGUUUGUGCUGCAUGGAUCAGUGGAGAAGUCUGGUGUCAGAUCUGGUGGCCAUGUGCUACCGGCUGUCAGAUGUCGUGUCCCCCGUCGUCCAGAGCUCAUCACCUGAAGGGCUCAUUCCAAUGGAUGCUGACAUGGGUGCGUCACCGGGCCUCCAGAAGAUCCUGCAGGAGAUCCAGCCUAGAGACACCAAUGAUUUUUUCACCAGCACCAGAGAACUGGACACACAAGAGGGCGCUCAAACGCAGACAACAAGCACACCUUCUCUGGAUCCAGGAGGUGAGGGCUACCGGGUGACAGCCCAGAUGGUGCUGGUGUGUUGCUGGCGGAGCAUGAAGGAAGUGUCCAUGCUGCUGGGACAGCUGUGUCAGAGUCUGCCGCUCAGCUACACCGGCGAAGAUGCUCGCACACACGCCGGCCUCAUCGAGGAGGAACAGGUGGAGGGGGUGGGCCUGUACUUCCGUCAGCAGCUCCUGCAGUCCCGGCACCGCGGCGCCUUUGAAUUGGCUUAUGUGGGCUUUGUGCGUCUCACCGACAUGCUGUGCAGGAGUGGGAGUCGGACCCUGCAGCAGCUCCCAGCGCGCUGGCUGACUGAAGUCCUGCUGGAGGUCAAGUGCAGUGACCCAUCAUCCAAACUGUGCGCCACGAGACGCAGCGCUGGAAUACCCUUCUACAUUCAGGCUCUUCUGUCCUCUGAGCCGAAGUCCUCCAGCUGCAGUCUGCUCAAGAUGACCAUGAGAGAGCUGAUCACAUUGGCUAUGCCGACCGCCGACAGGAACACAGACAGCUCUACGGUUCCACGGGUCCAUGCGCUGAACAUCCUUCGGGCUCUGUACCGGGACACUCGUCUGGGUGAAAAUAUCAUUCCCUUUGUCUCGGAGGGAAUGCAGGUGGCUGUUCUCGGCUUCACCUCUCCAGUCUGGGCGGUGCGGAACUCCUCCACCCUCCUCUUCAGCACUCUGAUCACGAGGAUAUUCGGAGUGAAGAAGGGGAAGGAUGAACAUUCUAAAAAGAACAGGAUGACGGGCCGCGAGUUCUUCACCCGCUUCCCUGCUCUCUACCCGUUCCUUCUCACCCAGUUGGAAGAAGCGGCCGCUACAGUGGAAAGUGACAGCGGACAUGUGAAGCUUCACCCGAGUCUGUUCCUGCUGCUGCUGGUGCUCAGCCGGCUUUACCCCUCGCCCAUGGAUGGAUCCUCCUCACCGCUGGGACUCGCACCCUUUCUGCCCUUCAUCAUCAGAUGCGGCCGGUCAGCUGUGUACCGCACCAGGGAGAUGGCUGCUCGUGCUCUGGUUCCCUUUGUGAUGGUCACACAGGUUCCUUCCACCGUCCAGACCCUCCUGGAGGAGCUUCCUUCAACACCAGGACCCAAAAUCCAACACAAUCACAUCCACGGAACCUUGCUUCAGGUGCUGUUCCUUCUGCAGUCCUACCAGUCGGACUCCCACUGGCCCCUGCCAGCAGGAAACGGCGUUGGCAAAGCGCUCCAUGAACGAAUGUGGCUCGCUUCACGGCUCAACAGCUGUGUGGUGACGCGAGGGGCCUUCCUGGAUGUGCUGAAUUGCCUGUGUGUCCCGAAAAACCCUCUUCUUGACGGUGCAGAUGUGACCAAGCUCCAUCACGAGUCUCUGACGGUCGUCCAGUCGUCAUGUCUGCUCGCCACAGACGCCUCAUCCACCUCCGGGCCAGGCAGCACCCAGUACCUGCUCAGCCUUGCCAGGACCGCCCUCAGUGCCAGCGUGGAGACCCCCGAGCUGUCAGGGGACCCUCGGAUCAGCUCAGAACUCCUGCAGAGUCUCCUGCGGAGUCCCCAGUAUGAGGUGAGGGAGCUGGUCCUGGACGGAGUCCUGAGGAGGCUUCAGAAAGACGGAGCAGAGGAGCAGAAGCAGCGACCGGACUGGCUGGACCAGACCACCCUGUCGAAACUCACCACCUUAGCCUUUCAAGAGAAACACCCCCAGUGUCUGGCCAAGGUACUCCAGGUGUUGUGUGUGCUGAGCUCUGGACUCUGCUGGAUGGACCAGGGCUUGACGGAAGAGGAGGUCCUGCAGCACCUUCUCACUGUGGCGCAGAACUCAACUCACAGUGUGGACCUUCACUGCACUGCCCUGACUCUGCUCUCUCACCUGCUGGUUCAGAAGCUGACCUCUGAUCACAAGGUAAAAAAUGUCAGCGCCACAAGUUGUUUACCUCAGUGGGGGGCUCUGGUGUGCUCGUGCUGUAGCGAGGACCAGCCGGCAGAGAUGAAGCUGACGGCUGCCAAAGUACUUGCAGAGUGUGCGCACACACUGAUGACCUGCCCUCAACUCCCACUGGGUCUUGCCAGCACACUGUCUCUCUGGAAGAGCCUGUUCAUGCUGCUGCAGGAUGAAGACCAGGAGGUCAGAGAUUCAGCAGCUGACUUCAUUUCUAACGUGCCAGAUCACCUGCUCAGUGAAGACGUGGCCGGCGUGUCCGUGUGUCCUCCGGUCGCCCUGGACCUCGGCGUCCAGCUCCUGUGCCGACUGCUGGGGUUGUGGAAGCAGGUACCGGCGGGUGCUCUGGUUCUGACUCGGUGGCUGCUGGGUGAGGAGGACGGCCGUGAAGAGUACCAAGCCUCCGCUCUGGACGAAGACGACUUCCUGUUCGAGAAGGGCGACUUGAACCUGUGGGCCGAGCCGCUGCAGUGGGUCCACCUGCUGCAUCGGCACCUCAGCGCUCUUCUCCUCAGCCGGGAGUGGACCCAGAACCAAAGCCCUUCAGAUCAGGUCCAGGAGUUGGACUCGCUCUCCGCUCAGGCUCGGGUCAAAGCGCUCGGCGCUGCUCAGGCUCUGGACUCGCUCCCGGGCCUGCCUCAGUUCCGCUGCCCCAUGGAACACGCCCGGCUGCUGCUGAGGAGAACCAGAGCCUCACUGGCUCUAGACCUGCUGGAGAAGCUGCAGGGCUGAUGUGUGAAUGACUUCAGAACCGUCCUCUCUAGUCCUGUGUCAUGUGAACGUUCAUCUUUUUAAACUUUUUCUUAAUCCAUUAAACUUCCUCCUCUCACCUCUGAGUCCAGAACCUUCCGUGUUUGUUUCCUGCUGCCGUCACAGAGCUGUGACAGUCGCUGCUACUGCUCUUUCCUCUGACAUGAAGACCUUCUCUGAUCAUGACAAGUAAAUGGUCUUUCUGCCGUUA